AUGUAAUGUAACCUGAGAAAAGCAAGAAAUUGUCGGGAAACGGGUCAUCAACAUAUUCUCUCUUUUCUCUUCCCUCCAAAUCCAAACCUUCCCUUUUCUCUUUCUUGGGAACAUCAAAUUCUGCAGCUCUUUUUUUAACCAACAAGAAAUUGUUGCCUUUUUUUCCCCCCCUCUUUCUGGACUGUACUGUUAAGUUUCACACUUUAUUUUUCUUGUGUUUCUUUUGUACCUUCAAGUGAUAAAGUUAUCAUCUUUGCCCAUUUUACUCAAAAUUGGUUUAGUCCAAUAACCCCAUAUUGCUCUUUGGUUUCAGCCUUGCAUUUGUUGUAUGAUAAAAUUAUUCUCUUUGCUAUUUCUACUUAAAUUUGUCAAGUUCAAGGUUUGAUUUUGCUCUUUGUAUUGAGCUUUGCAUUUCUUGUUUGAUAAUGUUAUUGCCUUUUGCAAUUUCUGCUUAAAUUUGACAAGUUCAAGACUUGAUUUUGCUCUUUGAAUUAAGCUUUUAUUUGGGUAUUUUUUCCUUUUUUAACUUGGUGUUUUGGGAUUUUGAGUUCUUGUUAUUGAUCCAUUUUUGGAUGAAUUUUGGUGUCAAAAGGAGUUAAUUACUCUUUAAGGAAUCUUGAAAAUGGCAGAAGCUUCUUCAAAUGUUCGAUUGGUUCGUUGUCCAAAGUGUGGGAAUCUUCUCCCUGAGCUCCAUGACUUUUCUGUUUACCAAUGUGGUGGUUGUGGUACUGUUCUUAGAGCAAAAAAUAAGGGGAUUUUGGAUAAUGGCUUGUCGGAGAUAUCAGAUGGUGAAAAGGGUAGAGCAGUUGCUGGUAAAGGAGAGGUUGCCAUGAGUUUAGAUACUGUUUCUGAUUUCGAUGAGGAAAGUAGUGACAUUCUACCAAGGAGGACAGAAGGGAAAAGUCAUAAUGGAAGAAUGGUGUCACAUAAUCGAGUGAUUUCAGGAUCCGAUGAUAAGGAAGUUUUGGAUGAUUUUGAUAAAGCCGGAGAGGGUGAACAAAUUUUAAUUGGUUCGAGGUUAGAUAGGUUUAGAAGAGAGAACAAUUAUGGUUACAAUGAAUGUAGUACUUCUACUUCUAAAGGCAAGAUGGAUCAUGGUGUUAGGGCGGAUAAUUAUUGGGGAAAGAUUAAUACUGUUGAAUCUGUUGGUCUCAGUGUUGGCAAUGAGUUUAAAAGGGUAAGGCCUUCAAUGGAGUUACUAGGUUCAGGACCACCUAUGGACAGUCGGUACAUCGAAAGAUCUUAUGCAAAUGGUGCAGCUGCCACAAGGCAAGGGAAGUUCAGUGCUCCUCCGUAUCCUAGUGACGGGCCACUAGAAAAUGACAUGGGUUCUUACUAUGGCUCUGUUAACCAUAGGAGGUACAACGGUGAUUUGGAUGGGGUAGCUAGAGUUGCGGACUUGGAGAGUGAUAGAGCCGAGCUCUUAAGGAAGAUCAAUAACUUAAAGGACCAACUCAGCCGAACUUGUGAUGUUUCUGAGAAACCUAAGGAUAGGGUUCCUGUUGAUGCGAGGAUGGCUUCAACAACCAUUGAUCCGUAUAGCAGGCACGAUGUGCAUAACCAGGAUUCUUACGGUGCUAACCGACAUCCCCUAGGUCCUGCUAAGAAUGUUCGAGAGCGUCCAUACACAUAUGGACAUCAAGGAAGUGUUCCUUAUAAGGAUCCACAUGGUUCAAUGAUGGCAGACGCUUAUCUUUCAGACAAUUUUUCACAUGAAUUUCUUGGAAAUAGAAAGGAACAUCACCAACAAAUGCUCAGAAAGCCUCCCCAUCAGACUCUGUAUCAGCCUUUUCCCCAAACGUACCCUAAACAGUUUCCUGGGCAUCAAAUGGAUAACUUCUUCGUACCACAUCCGCAUGACACCCUUUUCCACCAGUCUGCAUGUUCUUGUUCACUUUGCUUGAACCAAAAUUAUCACUUUCCUGCUGUGAUUCAACCCUCUGGUUUUGGCAGCCGAAGGUCACGAGACGCCCCUGCUAAUCCCAUUUUACAUCACCACAUGACCUCUGGGGGUUAUGGUCCAGGGGGUUAUACAUCUGAAGGCUCCUAUGCCCUUAAUAAGAAUUAUCAUGAAGGAAGGCGGCUUACAAGAAGUCCGAGUGACCUGGAGCCAGAAAAUGGUGGUCUUGGUCAUCGGCGUUAUCCUAGAAGAGUGGUGGUUUCCCAUAGAGUUGGACGUGUAUAUCAAGCUAUUGCAGGUGGUGCCCCUUUCAUUACGUGCUGUAGCUGCUUUGAGCUGCUGAAGGUGCCUACAAAACUAAAGAUGACAGGAAAGAGUGAGAAGAGAAUGAGAUGUGGAGCCUGUUCCUCCAUAAUUCUAUUUGAACUUGGUAGCAAUGAGUCGGGUGUAUCCAUUCCUACGCAAGUUAAACAAGUGUCUGCUGAGUUUGCUCCUGAUUCAGCUGAUGUGCCAAAUGAGAAUUUGAGGAAUGAGGAGACGAUCCCUUGGUCUGAUGAUUAUGAUAACUUUAACUAUAACUGCCAUUUGGCCGAUGCUAAGCUCGGGUCAUCUUCGAGGAGUCAGAAAUCAAAUUCCACUGAACCUGAGAAGAGGCAUAAUGCUCAUUCCUCAUCAUCUAGUCUUUCUGAAGAUGAGCUAAGCCCAGAGAGGGUGAUUGUUAGACAUGACGUUUCUCAUCGUGCUGAAAUGCCCCUUGAAGAUGAUCCUCCACCACUCCUUGAUUCAUCUCGAAAGGACCAUACUUAUGGUAUUUCUCCCAAAGAUGUGGUAGAAAAUUACAGCAAGGGGAACAUGAAGGAAAACACUGAUCAAGAGAGGACCAUACUUGAUAAAAGUACCUCUAGGCAGAAUUCUAUUAAAGAUACAUCUAUGGCAGUGGAAAUGGAUGUAUCGAUAAAUGAGUUUGUAGGUGUAUCUAUGGAAUCAAAUCAAUCAAGCAAAGAGGAAAAUUUAUCAAAAAACAACAAGGGAGGCGAGUCCUUUAUGGGUUUUAUUAAAAGGAGCUUUGGAGAAUUAUCAAGGUCUAGUCAAAGUUCAGAGAAUGGAAGAUCAAAUGUGUUUGUCAAUGGAAGACUGAUACCAGAUCGUGCUGUUAAGAAGGCAGAGAAGUUAGCGGGGCCCAUUCAGCCAGGAUAUUAUUGGUAUGACUACCGAGCUGGCUUUUGGGGAGUGAUGGGCCAUCCCUGCCUUGGCGUCAUUCUGCCAAAUAUUGAGGAAUUUAAUUUUCCAAUCCCAAAAGAUUGUGCUGCUGGGAAUACAGGGAUUUACGUGAAUGGACGCGAGCUCCAUCAGAAAGAUUUAGAUCUACUGGUGAGCAGAGGUCUCCCUAUGACACGAAAUAAGUCCUAUUCCAUAGAGAUCUCAGGAAAAGUUGUUGAUGAACACACUGGUGAAGAACUUGAUGGCCUAGGCAAACUUGCCCCAACGGUUGAAAGAGUAAAGCAUGGAUUUGGUAUGAAAGUCCCAAAGCAAUUGCAGAGCAAUUAUGUUAGUUGAAGGCAAGGAUAAAGCUUCUCUUCUUCUUUAUGUAAACAUGAAAUGUAACCUGAAGCCUGUGUAACUAAUAUGCACAGAUUUUUGUAGUAGAAAAAUUCAUUUUAUUUGGUGACAGAACUUAGAUCAUUCAGUUAUUUAUUGAUUUAUCUUCUUUAAUGUAGAUUUUCACACUGUUUGCUUCUGGUUUGCUAGAUUGAAUGUUACAAACAUCUUGUAGAAGGGAACAUUAUCCUGCAUUUGUAAUCUAUUUUCUGAUUAAGGAGACUC